GUGAAUAGCAGGAGAUGGGCAGAGAGGUGUGGCUAUCAGAGGCAGGUCUCAAACCAGGAGGGUUACAAUGGACAUCCACAGUCUCUGGUUGCUGCAUAGACUGAAAGCAUCAACACUGCCUGCUGCAGCAGCACAGACUGACCAUGGACACCACUCCACAGAUCAAAGCACAAGUAGCCAGGAGACCUGCCCGUCUAUCACAUCCUAUUGCUCUGGUCCCAGGGAGCCUCCAAGCCAUUUAGCUCUUUCAAGGAACAGAACAUGUCCUUCACGUUCAUAUUCUGGAAUAUCACCCUUGCUUCCAUCAGAUUCUUACAAAUACCUCACUUGGUACAGUAUAGAACAGCAUGAGAUUCGAGGUAGUCAGCUACAUUGCCCAAGAAUAAGAAAAGGACCCUCUGAAGAAUGGUUCCUUUCCAGAGAGGUGAGAUGUACCUUGCCUCCAAAGAAAAGAGUACUUGAGAAAAACAAAUGGGAAAUAUGGUUACAGGAAAACUGGGAAGAUUGUAAGAAAUUGAACAUUUCAUUUCAGGAUUUGGGGGACCAUGACCAAGUUGAAAAUUUUAACAGGAUUCUUAGAAGACUGAUUCGAGUUGAAACCCUUUGGUUGGUGGAUAAUUCACUCAUUGAUUUAAGCGCCAUAAGACUGCCAAGCUGCAGAAUUUUAAAUAUGAACAAAAACUAUCUAACAUCUUUCAAACAACUACCAAAGAUACCUCAGAUACAACAUUUAUCACUGGCUGAAAACUACAUUGAAACAUUGGCUGGCCUCUCCAGUUUACGGUGCACACCACUGGUAUCCCUUACCUUGAAGAGGAACCCUUGUGAAUUUCACCAAAACUACAGGAAGCAAGUGUUUUCGUGUUUGCCAAACUUAAAGAUUCUUGAUGGGAUCUUGAAGUUGCCAGAAGAUUAUUCCCCUCCAGAACAUAAUAUCUUUUCCAAAAAUUCCAUGAUCUUGGCUUUAAUUCUGGUGAUGGGUCUCUGUAUCUAUUCCCAUUUGUUGCUGGAUGAAGCCUUUCUGAUGACUUUUGGGCUACAAGUACAGCAGAAUAUGAUUAGGAAUCGUUUCAUUGAUUCUGAUUGCACUGAUGCACAUCAGGUGGGAAAGGAUGAAAUGAAGUCUGAAGCAGAUGUGUCAGCAGGAUCCUGGUGUAGCAGUGAAUGCCAGGGGGAGAAGGGCUCCAAAGAUUUCAGUGUUACAGCUAUUUUAGAAGACAUUCAAUAA